AUUACAUUACCUACUUUAUAUUGCGAACAAGAAAAAAAAUCCCAUUCUCGGUCGGGGCGUCUGGAACAAGACUGAGAGACUGGCUGGACGGACCCGCGGGUCAGCAUUUCCAAGCAACGGAGCUGAGCUCAAGCCACGACACAACCCAGAGCAACACUUGACAACUCGAAGCAUCCCUUCUUAAACCCCGCAAAACCUCCCGAGGUCAUCACAACCGGGCUGAUCCAUAUCCUCUUCUCCUCCCUGCUCACAAAUUCUUCUUCUUCCAAGCACGAUCGACCAUAAAGCGUUCUCAUUCGUCCCCACCCGGCUCUAAGUCGCAACCUCGGAAUCCAGAAUCUUCUUUGAACUGGCUGUCAAUAUGUCCCUAUCAACAGAAGCCAUCAUUGCUACAGUUGCACUCAUUGUCGCCCUUCCGCCGACUCUUUUUGCCAUCUUUCAAUGGAAGCGGCCCACGAAUGACCUCGACCCUGGCCUCCCAACUAGCAAUCCUGACCCUGAAGAUUAUAUCGCAGAGAUCAUUCAGACCGAUGACAUCAACGGUCACGUGUUCACCCUCUUCUGGCCCGGGGGUCAGCGAUCACCCCUUCGGGGCACCCCGCACCGACGGGACGGAUCGAGGGCCGAAAAAACCUAGGAUUCCCACACUUUCAUAAAGGUACAACUGUGAUGGCAACGUCUCUGUACCCGCCUGAGAGCAGCCAUGCGAACUGUAUGUAUAUGUAUAUAUAUAUCUUACGUAGCAUGAAAUAUGAGACCUUUCGUACUGC